GCAUCCCCAGCCCUGGUCCCACCAGUCAGUCCUCACCAUGCUCUCCCAGCACCAGGACUGAGCUUCAGGGGGAAAUAAGCUAAGGUUCAUGUCUGUGGCCCCUUCUGCUCCUCUACCUCACCCACUGCUUUCUGUCUGUCUAUCUGUCUGUCUGCUCUUAAAGCCCUGCGUCGCCCCUCGCUCCUAGACGGGAGUAAAACAUGGAGCACCACUGUGCUGUCUUGACAAGGUAAGAGCUUUUUGAAUGAUACAUGUAUUAUGUCAUUAUUUAUAUGUGGAAGUGGUAAUAUCUGGGUGGAUUGGGACAUUUUUGUGAUCCACUUGAGUGUGACCUUGGUGUGGGAAAAUCAUGAGGUCAGAGUUGAUGUAUUCCAGAACCAGAUUACAUGAUUCAAAUCCUGUAAUGAAAUGCUUGGUGAUUAGUUGACUAGUUGAAUCAGGUGUGCUACAACUGGAAUAUAUCAAAUAAAUGGAAUGUCUGGGGGUACUAGAGGAGAGAUUUGGGAAACAUUGCUUGGUAGGAAUCCACUCUUUUUAUCACUGAUACAUAAAAAAAAAAAAGUAAAAUCAUCAGAUUCCCCUGAGCCAUUGACUCAGAAUAAUGACGAAAUAUUAUAUAAGAAAAAAGUCCUUACACAUACAGUACCUUUUAUUAGAAAUUGGAAAUAUUUAUACAGCCUUGAAAUUAACCAGUGAUAUUGCAUGCUGGUGCAGUAACAUUAUAAUAUUUAGCUCUGCAUGGAUUAUAGAAGCUCCAUGGCCAGAGGCCAAGAUUGAGAUAACACAGCUUUAUAAUCUGGCCCACACUCACACACACACACACACACACACACACACACACACACUCACGCGUAGACUAUAAACCUUGUUUUGUGGGAAUUAAAACGGCUGUUAAGCCUUAAGAACCAGGCUUCCUCUCCUUCUUACCUCUCCAGUGGGCUGGUUAACUGUGUCUUUAUCAUGGUUUAGAGCUCUGUUAAAGAUCCAUCUGGCCUCUCGAAUAGCCUCUGUCACACAGACACUGCCAUGUGGUGUGUGUGUGCCUAAUUGCCUGUGUGUGUGUCAGUGCGUGCAUGCUGGCCUGUCACCUUUUGACCCCCUGUGGCAAUGAGAGUGGCACACACACACACACACACACUUAUGACCUAAAGCUUUGUCUGGGGAAUGCUACCAAAUGAUUAACUUACUAAUUCAAGUGAGUGAUACUGCAGGGUUUAAUUUGUAAGGCUGAGCAGCAGAGACUGGAAUGAGGGUCCAGUUGGUGUAAUUAAGACAAAUGAGAGCAACAGAAGUCACGCCAGGAGAGCUAGAGUGCAGGCUUACUACACGGUCCAGGCUCUGGGACGCUUGGGGACAAGGCCAUAUGGGUGACACCAGAGGCACAGCGAGGAGGCCAGAAAACAUUCAAACAAGCUCUGGAUGCUGGAGAUAACACACUGUGCUUUUCACUCAGAGAGAGUGAUGACUGAUCACCGAGUUGUAAUUGCUCUCGAUGAAAGAUAAAAGAGGCGCAAUCUUAAUGCCUUUGACCUUACUUUCACGACACAGUAGUAUAGACUAGAAACUCUGGCUGAGAUGCAGCAUUUUGAUUUAGAAUUUCCCCCUGAGAAUAGAGUUGUUGAGGUUGUUGCCCUGUUGGCUUGCUUUAUAGUUUCAUCUGUGGCCUGACAACAUAGUAUGGGAAAAAGUCAAAACACAAUUGCUUUUCCAAAGAUAUUUUCUGCAGCUCAAGAGCUGAUGUUAAGAUCGCUGUCAAGCUUUCCCAGACCAUCAGUGUCAGAACAUUUUUGAUGCUAUUGCUUGCUGUGACAGUUUAUCCCCAAGGGUUGGGAGUCUAUGGUACACAAGGCAUCAAAGAACACUAAGCUUUCCUUUCCUGUAUGUCACAAUAUCAGACUGGAUCUAAGGACCAAUGCAAAUUGAAAAGCCCAGAAGGAAUGUACAAGGACAUAUUUUUUGUGAAUUAACCCCAAUUAGUGCUACAUUGUAUUCUCUCUCACUCUCUCUCUCUCUUUCUCUCUCUCUCCUUCCCCUCACUCUCAUGUCUCACACUAAAACUGCUCUGCACAACUAGUGGUGCAGGACAAAAUCAUUUACAUUUUAGUCAUUUAGCAGACGCUCUUAUCCAGUGCAUACAUACUCUGCACAACUAGUGAGUGCAUACAUAAUUUAAUUUUUUUCAUGCUGGCCCCCCGUGGGAAACGAACCCACAACCCUGCCGUUGCAAACGCCAUGCUCUACCAACUGAGCUACACGAGCUAUUUCACAGUAAAGCAAACAAAAGCUACCUGUUCCAGAUAGUCUUGUAGUUUGUGUUGGUGGAUGUACUGUACUGUGGUCCAGGGUUCCUGUCAGUGAAAGCCCUCCCCAUAACCAUUAUAAGGCCAGGGCUGUUCUUGGCUAACAGGCUGGUAGAUAGAUUGAUGGGCAUGGGGAGAUGCAGGGCUGCCAGGCUGUAGUGAUUUGGGCAGCAUCCUCCAUGGUGAAGGGCAUAUGUUAGUGGCUAACUGCCUCUUACCUCCCUUCGCUGUAGGGACCUUGCUGAGUAAGCCAUUAGUCAUUUCUCUGACAGCACCCCCCUCUCUCUCCCAUCCUCCCUGUCUCCUUAAAGUUGGAAUCCAUAGCAGUGAAACUGCCAUGUUCGUUUGCGAUAUUACAACAAUAAAGAUGUUACUUCAAACAAUUAUUUGUUUUACCUUGAUGCUAGAGCUCCUCACUGCCGUUUAAUAAACAAAACAAAUGCGCCUGGGGGCAGCCAGUGGCGCUGUUUCCCCUAAUGCAGAUCUCAGCUUUAACACGCCACCGAUCAUCUCUCUUUCUAAAAAAUACCUUCAUGUAGACUGUCUCUGCCGUCACACACUGCCUUGGUGCCUCGGCCAUCACUCCAUAUCACCCUGCCUGUCAGCCUUCUGAUAGGGCUGAUGAAGAGGCUGUGGAGGGUUGAGGAAAACAAGGCCAGGGGAGGGAAAGAGAGAGAAUUGUCUGUGGAGCGGUCUGAGGACACACAGCACAAUGUUGUUGUUUUAUGUAGUACACAUUCAUAUGUAAGCCACAGGAGGUUGGUGGCACCUUAAUUGGGGAGGACGGGCUUGUGGUAAUGGCUGGAGCGGAAUUGGUGGAAUGGUAUCAAAUACAUGAAACACAUGGUUUCCAUGUGUUUAGAUUACCAUUCCAUUCACUCCGUUCAGGCCAUUAUUAUGAGCAGUCCUCCCCUCAACAGCACCUGUGGUGUAGGCCUGUGUAUGACAACAAUUGUCAGAGGCCUGUUCUCCAAAGUUAUUUUCUCUGUUUCUGCUUUCUACGACACAAUGUCUGUCUUUACUGUGUGUAGCUAUUAAUUUACUAUUUCUAUAAGCCUACUUAGUAAUGACAGACAUUGAGCUAAUGUAUUAGACAAUGUACACUCGUGUCUUGCAUAGAUGUACACUUGUGUCUGGCAUAGAUGUACACUCGUGUCUGGCAUAGAUGUACACUUGUGUCUGGCAUAGAUGUACACUCGUGUCUGGCAUAGAUGUACACUUGUGUCUGGCAUAGAUGUACACUUGUGUCUGGCACUGCUUAUGAACAUCAUCAUUACACAGUUUCCCCCAUUACCUGUCAAAGGAGAAAUUGAUGGGUUUCUGUGUUUGUGUUGUCAUAAGAUCUUGAUCUAUUAAACUGAUUGUGAUUAUUAAUACAGUAAAGAUCAGUAUGUCACAUACUGUAUGUCACUUCUGUCAGAUAAUAUUGAUGUGUCUACGUGAGUUGUAAUCUCUUUUAAUGUGUCACUACUCUAAAGCUUAAUCAAUUCAGGCCAAAGACAUGAUGACUGAGCUGUCCUCUCUCUCUCUCUCUCUCUCUCUCUCUCUCUCUCUCUCUCUCUCUCUCUUUCUUCCCUCAGGAAGCGACCAUGGCACCCAGCAAUGUUGCUGUACCCCUCUACCUGCAUGGCCCUCCUCUCUCUGCUACUCUCUCCUGCCCUCGGCCGUAAGUUACCCAGAAGCCUCCAGGAUCAUGAUGGGCACAUCACUUCCUCAUAACGGUGUACUACUGGGAUGUGGUGUUUGUUUGCCCAACUACUUUUGAUAUGGAUAAUUAACUUUCUUUUUGGUAUCAAAACACACAAGUUGUUUCAGAAUACUAUCACAGGUCAUUCCAUUUAUUACAAAUGCAAAUCUAUUAUUAAGACAGAAAUAGCAGACGUAGUGUAGCGUAAUGUACUAGUCUGUAAAAUUAAUUCAGAUAAUCUCUGGUUUCUUAAUUGUUACAGAUGCCGUAUCUUAAUUUGAUCAUCCUGUUGUUGAAGACAUUUUCCUGCACAGCAGGAAAUGCAAAGUUGUAGUGUAUAUUUGGUUUACAAAGGCUUCUAAAGUUUGUAAUUUCCACUUACAAAUGUCAGACUUGAUUUGCCCUAACAAAAAAUGUAUCAACCCCUACAAAUAAAUUAUAAUAAUUAUAAUCCACAUAAUAAUUCACAUUAUUUUCCUUCUGUAGCAAACUGGCUCAAAAUAAGAUCCUAGAUCUGUAUAAGCCUCUCUUCCGAGCUGUCAGAGAGAUACAAUAACACAUACAGUGGGGGAAAAAAAGUAUUUAGUCAGCCACCAAUUGUGCAAGUUCUCCCACUUAAAAAGAUGAGAGGCCUGUAAUUUCCAUCAUAGGUACACGUCAACUAUGACAGACAAAUUGAGGGAAAAAAAUCUAGAAUAUCACAUUGUAGGAUUUUUUAUGAAUUUAUUUGCAAAUUAUGGUGGAAAAUAAGUAUUUGGUCGCCUACAAACAAGCAAGAUUUCUGGCUCUCACAGACCUGUAACUUCUUCUUUAAGAGGCUCCUCUGUACUCCACUCGUUACGUGGCACCUGUUUGAACUUGUUAUCACCUGUCCACAACCUCAAACAGUCACACUCCAAACUCCACUAUGGCCAAGACCAAAGAGCUGUCAAAGGACACCAGAAACAAAAUUGUAGACCUGCACCAGGCUAGGAAGACUGAAUCUGCAAUAGGUAAGCAGCAGGGUUUGAAGAAAUCAACUGUGGGAGCAAUUAUUAGGAAAUGGAAGACAUACAAGACCACUGAUAAUCUCCCUCGAUCUGGGGCUCCACGCAAGAUCUCACCCCGUGGGGUCAAAAUGAUCACAAGAACGGUGAGCAAAAAUCCCAGAACCACACGGGGGGACCUAGUGAAUGACCUGCAGAGAGCUGGGACCAAAGUAACAAAGCCUACCAUCAGUAACACACUACGCCGCCAGGGACUCAAAUCCUGCAGUGCCAGACGUGUCCCCUUGCUUAAGCCAGUACAUGUCCAGGCCCGUCUGAAGUUUGCUAGAGUGCAUUUGGAUGAUCCAGAAGAGGAUUGGGAGAAUGUCAUAUGGUCAGAUGAAACCAAAAUAUAACUUUUUGGUCAAAACUCAACUCGUCGUGUUUGGAGGACAAAGAAUGCUGAGUUGCAUCCAAAGAACACCAUACCUACUGUGAAGCAUGGGAGUGGAAACAUCAUGCUUUGGGGCUGUUUUUCUGCAAAGGGACCAGGACGACUGAUCCGUGUAAAGGAAAGAAUGAAUGGGGCCAUGUAUCGUGCGAUUUUGAGUGAAAACCUCCUUCCAUCAGCAAGGGCAUUGAAGAUGAAAUGUGGCUGGGUCUUUCAGCAUGACAAUGAUCCCAAACACACCGCCCGGGCAACGAAGGAGUGGCUUCGUAAGAAGCAUUUCAAGGUCCUGGAGUGGCCUAGCCAGUCUCCAGAUCUCAACCCCAUAGAAAAUCUUUGGAGUGAGUUGAAAGUCCGUGUUGCCCAGCGACAGCCCCAAACAUCACUGCUCUAGAGGAGAUCUGCAUGGAGGAAUGGGCCAAAAUACCAGCAACAGUGAGUGAAAACCUUGUGAAGACUUACAGAAAACGUUUGACCUGUGUCAUUGCCAACAAAGGGUAUAUAACAAAGUAUUGAGAAACUUUUGUUAUUGACCAAAUACUUAUUUUCCAUCAUAAUUUGCAAAUAAAUUCAUAAAAAAUCCUACAAUGUGAUUUUCUGGAUUUUUUUUCUUUAGGGAUCUGGUCAAAAGUAGUACACUAUAUACGGAAUAGGGUGCCAUUUGGGACACAAUCCAUGGUGUUGGAGAGGGAGUCGUUAACUACUUACAGCCCACACUGCACAGUGAGAGAAGUGUUUAUGGCCACUAAAUACACAGGAUAAAUACCAUCUCCCCAAAGUAUCCCCUCUACUCAGCAGUUAUGGUGGAGCCAAUAGGGGCUUCCAGAUGUGUUGCCUCCACACUCUGAACAUCCAAAUAAGCUGACUCAGGUUAUCGACUCUGGGAGUAGAGGAUAGAGGCCCUCCGGCUCCCAGUGUUGUUUCAUUACUUCCAUAUCUUUGUUUCCUAGUUUCCCUGCAAGGUGUUUUCAUCCUCCUUUAAAACAGGAGGAGGAGCGGAGGAGAUCUGUUCUCUGAAUCUGGAACACUUUAGUAGCUUCACAUUGAGAUGAUACUACUACAGUAGAGCAAGGCUCUUUAAUGAAACAUUAUCAAAUGUUUCCGCUGUCAUUGUUUCAAGUUUCAAGGUUCACUUAAAGUUUUAGUUGAGAAGGAAAUGUAAAAAAUCACAUCAGGUUUAAGUUACAUUGCAGUAGCUUUCUUUUUCAAUCAAUCCCAUCCAAUGACUGUUAAGAAUUUAGAAUUCCAGCCAGAUAUGUAGGCUAUAGUAAAUUAACAAAGACUAAAGACACAAGACCAUUAUAGGUCACUCAAUCGCCCAAGAAAAACAUUGAGGAUGAAAGCAGAAAUUAAAGCACAAUAGUGUGAUUUAUGAUUCAUAGCUUAUUACAUUAGUCCCCAGAGGGACUUGCAUCUCAAUAAAUCACAGGUACAAAGAGGUUUUACCUGUCAGUCUGACCUUCGUUAGUCUCUUUACAGGCUUUACAGGGUAUGUAAGGCAAUAUGGCCUUACCCGAUCCACAGUCACACUACAACAUUCAUCAACAUAACCUCUGUCAUCCCAUACUAACAUAUAUAAAGCACAUCAAAGUAUGUGUCCAUUCUUUUCAAUACAAUAAACACGCUGUUGAGUUUGUGCUUGUGUAAUUAACUUGAGAAAUAUAGACGCUGCAGCUUUAAGAAUAACCAACAUUAAAAAUGCAUCCAGUGUGGAUCAUGAGCAUAAGGUGAAUUGGCAUUCUUACCUUGUGGUGUCUGGUUGGUGCUGUGAACAGAAACAUCCUAACCAAGCUGCUGUCUCUGUUUGUUUUCCAUCAGAGUUAGAUCUCAACAGGUUAGAUGGGGACACAGCUGUCUGCCCUCCCAUGAGAAAUGGACAAGAUGACCUUCCAGGUAAAGUAUACAGUAAAUACUAACAAUCAUAUGUUGUCUUUUAGAAAUAUUGACUAUGUGAAUAUGCGUACUAACUUAGUCCUCUUCAUCCCUGGUCGGACAUAAGGCAGCAACAAUUUGCUUCCACUGCGGUCUGACUUUGGCCACAGCUUGCUUGCGCCCUGUACCAUGAGAUGUGGAUAUAGUUUAUGAUGUAAUCAAAGGAGACCUGCAUGGGAAGACAUACUACAUACCCAACGUUGUAUCAUACACUACAAGAUAUCUCAGGAGCUCUGAGCCAGUAGUAAUGAGAUGUCUUUCUGUAACCAAGUAUCACCUCUCUUCAAGACACCAGGUCAGAAGGGGGAGUUCAAUACUAUAGUCCCUGUGGUUUUUCUCUUCACUAGACAGCAAAGACUUACAUUUUAAAUGACCAGAAAACCACCAGCCUUGGUUUACAGAAAUACAGAAUGUCACAAUUAAGCUAGCUGCUGUGAUUGCUUAGUGAACUGGGCUGUCUAAAUGCUUAAUGACUUGAGACACCUUUAGAUUUCAAAUGAGCCACAUAAAAUAUUCUGCUGAAGCCUGACAGAUUUUAGUAGGAACAAUUCUAGCUCAUUAAGAUGUUAAUUGUGUACCAGCGCCCUGGUAGGAACAGAUGCACUAGCUGCCUUCAAAGCACAUGUUGUACUAUGUGUUGCCAGCCCAAGCAAGAGAACAACUAAUUAGAAUAAUAUGCUAGUCAUAUCACUGCACCCAGUGUUUCAUACAGAUUACUAAAUAAGAAUAAACCGUUAAACAUAGUAAAGUGGGACAACACUGAAAUUCCAAAAUGUCCACUUUACAUGACUUGUUGCAAACUAGAAUGUGAACCAGAAAUAUGCCCUUGCACUUUUAUAACACUGUGUGUAGGAUACAAAAAAGUCCAGUACCUGUCAAUCAGAUGUGCAUCAUUUUUAUUUUUGUACUUCUGGAACACAGUAUAUAACAUAUACUUCACCAGAAUGAUUCAAGAGAUAUGUAUGGUAAUGUAACAUGUCAUUCAUUCUGAACGAUACAGGAGAUAUCUGAAAAUCAGUUUAAAUCUCUUUUAGGGUUUGAUCUGAUCACCCAGUUCCAGUUGGAUGUUAUUCCUCUGAAGGGGGUAAGGAAGGUGGAGGGCUCCACUCCUCUCCAGGUGGCGUACCGCCUCGAUAGGGAGGCCAACUUCCAGAUUCCUACCAGGUAAGGAAAAACAGAAAAAGAAAAUGCUGGAGCUUGUCGAUGCAGGUGUUAUAUUAUUAUGGUUUGAUAAGAGAGGCCAGCUUUCAAAUAUCUACCAGGUAAAGAAAGAAUGAAGAAACCAGAAAGAGAAACACACAUAUAAUCGCUAAACACACACACACACACAUGCACACAUACACAAAUAAAUGCUUUCCCCUGGGUCGAUGCAGGUGUUGUAUUAUUACAGGUUCCAUACAGGUGUUAUCACACUGUGAAACAGCUUGUAAUUGGCACAGAACAACAUGUCUGAACCUAUUUGGCAUCUCUUGGCGACGAGGGGGGAACCCCCCACCCCCCCCCCCCCGAAAUAUCUCCUCCUGGAAACACAGAGACACAUUUAAUCAUGCUGCAUUCUUAGUUGUAGUUUUAUUAAUAUUUUAGUGUGUGUGUGUGUGUGUGUGUGUGUCUUGUCUAGAUCAAGCAGUGAAUGUGUGGGGAUCGUCUAGCCUGGUGCUGUAUCCCGUAAUUUGUUUGAUCUAAAACCACUACACAAUCUGCCAUUUUCAGCUUAGACUGAUUGCACAUUGCUUAAUAGGCUAGAAGUUGUUGCUAAAUGGUUACCUUUUUACAUAACUUAACCUGUCUUCUAGUGUUUCACUGCUGGUCUGGUAUGGCUAAUGUGGUGGGCCUGUUUUCACAUUCUGUCAUGUAACAUACUGACACCUUCCAGUCUGCCUCAUGCCACUCAGGACAACGCGACACUAAUCACAAAAACAUGUAUCCCUUGGAGUCCAGUGUCCAGUCUGUCUGGGCUUUGAAGUCUGUCAUCAGAAAGGUUGAUUUCCGAUUCCUGUGCCCUUACCACUGCAGGGGAUAGAGGCCUACAACACAACACACAUCAAACCCUGGCCUAGGCUGUGAGAGACUUUCUCCCAAGGUGCACUUAACACACACACACACACACAUACACAGACACACAGGCACACAGCAGGAACGUUAGAGAGAGUGGUCUUCAUUUGUUUUAUUGGGUUACAGGAAACUCCUUUUUUAUUGCCUUGUCUUGAUCUAUUUACAAGCUGACUGCAGCUCUGCAGCUCCCACCCAUUAAGGCACCACCUAUGGAGCCUUUGGCAUGGCUAGUUAAAACCCCAGGGCUCGUAUUUCUAAAGCGUUAAGUAGGAGUGCUGCUCUAGGAUCAGUUUUCCCUUUUAGAUUAUAAUGAGUGUUAGAAACUGAGACGGGUCGACUGCUUAGUUGAUCUGUUGAUCAGAGCCACUGGGGCUCUGCUUCUGUUUAAAACAGAAAGGUUUGAUGGGUUUGAGGGGCCUUAUUGUUCCUUUGGAUUAAUUGUAACUGUUGCGUUAUGCAUGCAUCAUGCAUUAGAGACAGGGAGAGAUGAGGGAUAGAGAGAGAGAAAGAGAGAGGACUGGAGAGCUUUGAACAUAAAAGUGUUAGGGUUUGAUUGAUGUCUCCAUUCAGAAUGUUAUCGUGGGCGUGAGGAGCGGGAAGGGAACUGAAUCGCUGUGUGUGAUGCUUUGUGAUGAUGAUGGAGUGUCUUUGACAUUAGCCGCCAUCAGAGUUCUGAAAUCCUAGAACCAAACUGUGUGCAUGUGAUGGAAAGCUGCUUUUUUACCCGCUGAGAAACGUCGCCCUCUGUGACCUCUUCUCUAUGACUCUAACUAAACUGCAUUCUUUAUGAGAAUCAUCUAAAUUACGAUUUUGUAAAGAUACAUUUGAACCCUUUCCUCUGUCCAUCCAUCCCUCUCCUACUGAGGAUGAACGUCCCUAGGGGCUUCCCUGUUGAGGAUUCCUUCCUGUAUCAACCCUUUCCUCUCCUCCUCCCUCUCCCACCCAUCUUUAUCUUCAUUUUCAUCUUCUGUUCUUCUUCACCCAGGCUCAAUUUCCCCCGGGGUUUUCCUGACGAGUACUCCGUCAUGGUCACGUUCCGUAUGAUCAAGAACACGGUGAACAAGGUGUGGAACGUGUGGCAGGUGGUGGACGAGGACGGCUGGAAGCAGGCGGGGCUCAGGCUAAACGGAGACCAACAAGCGCUGGAGUACUUCCUGAUGGGCCAGGACGGCAACCUGCAGACCGUUACCUUCCCAGGGCUAUCUGUGUUGUUCAACACCAAGUGGCACAAGGUGAUGGAAUGAGUGAUGGUACUCCUGGUUUGCAUUGCAAAAUUCAGUAACUAUCCCAAAAUUCCCAGUUUUUCCAGAGAUCUCAGAUGGAAGAUUCCCGGAAUCAGGAGGUAAUAAGAGGGAAAUCCUGGAAAGCCUGGACAUUUUGAGAAAGUUACUGGAAAUAUGCAACCCUACUCCUGGUACAAUGUAAUUAGUGAUGACUGAUUACAAAAUUAGCAGUUUCAAAACUGGUUUAUUUAGCUAGCAGUCUCCGGAUGAAUUACGGUGGCCCCUGAGGAUCAACAACAGUAACCCUAUACCAUAUCCUUACAGGUGAUGAUUGGGGUGGAGAGAGACCAGGUCACCCUGUAUGUGGACUGUCAGCCCGUGGACAAGAAGCCCAUCAAGGGGAAAGGCCCAGUGAACACAGAGGGAGAUACACUUAUUGGGAGGCUGGACGUUGACGCUAAUGCUUCUGUUGUGGUGAGUGGGGCAGGGAUAGCUGUAUUGUGCUGCAUUGCCAACUCUUUUGGUCGUUGUUUGAGAUGACAAUAACCAUAGGAGUUGGCAAGACCGCACAAACAGAUCUGGGAUCAGGCUAAGGCUGAGAAGGUGUUGGUUCCCCAGCGGUGCUUUGUUAUACAGUAAGCGUUAUCAUAUGAGUCUGUGAAGCUCUUCAACCAUAGAGGGUAUGGGUUUAUAUGUGUGCUGAGCAUUGCUGUAAUUCUAAAGUGCUGCUGCCACAGCAGAACUGCGGCUCAAUGGGGUUCCACUGCCACAAAAUCAUGUUCCUCUACUCGGAAAUCUCCCUUGAGGAAAAUGCAGGCUUUAAACACAUUCAGCUCGUAGAGAACAUAAACAGAACUAGAAUAACUGUGCCAUAAGCAAGCAUAGGCAUAGUUUUAGUGUCAUAUGACUCUAUCAAACAAAUAUUUGAUUGAAGCUGAAAAAUGUUAUGAUACUUUAUGUUAUGUUUAACCAUGCCAUGCUAUGCUAUGCUAUGUUAUGUUAAAUGAUCAAUAUCAUGCCAUUGUCUCAUUCUAGUUUGAACUCCAGUGGAUGCUGAUCCAUUGCGACCCAAAGAGAGCCAAUAGAGAGAACUGCCAGGAGCUGCCUGCCACAGAGGUAACAACAACAACCUUGGCUCCACCUGGUCUAUACUUGCAUUGGUUUUGGGUUCAUAUUGACCAGCAACAUAACUUUCACUAACUGGCUUCUAUGAAUCUGCACCUGCAAAAUUGUGAAGAGAUAGGAUGGCCUGUUAUACUAUUGUAGGAGUGCUAUGAUUACAAUAAAUAUGUCAAAUAAGCAGUUAAGUUUAUACAGAGAGAAUACUGCCAGCUCUCACUCUCAAUUUAGACUAGACACAUUUCAUAAAGUGGCAGCACAUUAAAGUCUGACUCCUCGGGUCAGAGUUGUAGGUUAGAGUACAUGCUGUUAUGAGUGGGUAGAGACCUAUUGUCCCAUAGACUGCAGAAUGAAAAGCUCCAGUCUGUCUUUAUUUGACAAUGGUCUAUUCCCUCUAGCUUUGAGGGUAACUUUUCUGCGUACACUGGUAUCUUUUCAGUACGCCAACACUAAAAUGGUACAGGUGGGCAGUUUACUAUGGGGUUCUGUAUGUAAAUGACAGCAUGAUAUGCUCACAGCCAGAGCCAUAGAUAGAUCCUAUAUGACUCUGCUCACAGCUAUUGUUUUUGGACUAAUGCUGUAGCUUCUUCUGACACUUUGGGUGAAGGUGGUGUGACUACUUCACUAACUCUACAUGUUUCUUAUUUCUCUUGCUUCUUCAGAUGUAUGCCAAUGCUGAGGUAUUUAUCUUUUCUACCUUCUUUUUUCUUGGUGUUUUUGGGGCAAAUAAUCUACUUCAAUGCUCUGUUGCCUAAUUGCCUCGAUGCUUUGUUACUUUAGUGGCACAAUCAAACUCUGGCUGGAGUAAGACAUUUCUCCACUCCCCUCAGAGUGGCCUUCACUCCUUCUCAUGUACUCAUCGACUGUGUUGUCUCUUCUCCCUCCAGCCUGACCCCAAGCCUGUCCCUGGCCCUCCCGGUCCCACCGGCCCUGAGGGGCCCCGGGGGCCACACGGAGAGGACGGCAGAGACGGGAGAGAUGUAAGUCUAUCCACCCCAUCCAAACUAGAAUGAAAAAUUAACCAUAGCAUCCAUGCUGGAUAUUGCCUCAAACUUAGACAGCCAGUACACACUUUUCUUAAUUCUCUAUUCUCAAUGACUAGAAUGGAUAACCAAUGUCUUUCUUUUUUCUUGCAGGGCCUUCCAGGUUCACCUGGCAGUGCUGGCGCUCUUGUAAGUACGAGAUGUCAUAUUAUUAAACGUGUUUCAUUCUCUAAAUAUUUAUUUUACUCUUUGUUGCCAUCCUGUAGCUCAACCUAUGUCAUUACUUACAAUCAAUUUAGCUGCAAAAAAUAGAUCAGUGUUCUCUACUCCACCCUGUCUUCCCUUUAUCUCUCUCUCUCUGUCUGUACUCAUGAGAAUUGCACAUCUUUCGUUGAUUAAACGCUGACUGGCAAUGCCAUGGAGUAUCUUAGCAACGGCGACGAGCGAUGCAGACAGAUGAUAAAGCUGUUUGUCAGAUUUUUUUGUGGACAGAGCAAUACUUAGCUUUGGUUGGGUCUGCUAUAUAUGGCUUUGGUUGUGUCUGUAACUCAGCCAUCUGUUGUGUCCGUAACUCAGCCAUCUGUUGUGUCUGUAACUCAGCCAUCUGUUGUGUCUGUAACUCAGGGCGUCAAAGGGGACAAGGGGGAGAUCGGUCUGCCUGGACAGAGAGGCCUGCCUGGCCUACCAGGAGCUGCUGUAAGGAUCACUACCUCCUACUGUACCACACACACCCUCUGUCACACACUCAACCUGUACCACACACACCACCUGUCACACACUCAACCUGUACCACACACACCACCUGUCACACACUCAACCUGUACCACACACACCACCUGUCACACACUCAACCUGUACCACACACACCACCUGUCACACACUCAACCUGUACCACACACACCACCUGUCACACACUCAACCUGUACCACACACACCACCUGUCACACACUCAACCUGUACCACACACACCACCUGUCACACACUCAACCUGUACCACACACACCCUCUGUCACACACUCAACCUGUACCACACACACCACCUGUCACACACUCAACCUGUACCACACACACCCUCUGUCACACACUCAACCUGUACCACACACACCCUCUGUCACACACUCAACCUGUACCACACACACCACCUGUCACACACUCAACCUGUACCACACACACCACCUGUCACACAAUCAACCUGUACCACACACACCACCUGUCACACACUCAACCUCUAUUUUGUCUUGUGGAGUAAGAAAGAGUUGUUCUCUAUCACCUUAUUUAUUAGCUUUGGCCAGAUCAAUGAUUUCUCCUAUUUUUAAUGAAGGGAGUACCUGGUUCAAUGGGCCCAAGAGGACCUGUGGGCGAGAGAGUGAGUUAUUUCUCUUCCCGGAACCUACUAAAGAAACAAUAUUUUGCUAAUAACUGUAACAGCAGGGACAAUGUUAACUAAUAUUUGACUGUUCUGUGUCUAAUAACAGGGACUUCAAGGUUUUCCUGGGCCAGCAGGUUCUCCCGUAAGUAUCCACUAUCUUUAGAGCAUCGUAUAUAUAUAUAUGGGAAUAUUUUGCUGAUAUGUAUAGCCAUCAAGCCAUGGAACAUGUCAGAACACUUCAUUUCUAUAGCUAAAUAAUAUGAUUUAUCUGAUUGUUCUUUUCUCUCAUUUCCCAGGGACCUGAGACAGCUGGACCCCCCGUAUGUCCUACACACUCUUCAACAUCUUUAGAUAAUCUUCACCCCAUGUUCUAAACAGCAUUAAUACAGCAUACAGUUUUUUAAUCGAGUCCUACUAACGGGCUAUAGAAUAAUCGUAUAACUUGUGUAUGUCGCUCCUACAGGGCCCACCUGGGAAAGCAGGAACUCCAGGAGAUGAGGGGAACAUUGGGCCUGAGGUCAGUGUUCAAAUAAGGAUCACAUCCUACACAACUAUAGUAAAUGACUGAUUAAACAGAACACAUCCAGCAAUAAAAACAUACAGGAUAUGUUCUGCAUUCUGCACUGUGUGUCAUAGCAGUCAUAGUGCUACUUUAUCAUUGGUCCUUUUGAUAGUCUGUGGACCAUUUUGUAACAUACAUUACUGAUAUGUCAGACUUUUCAGUGUCUAUUAGGACAUUCUCUGUGUGUUUCAUGUCUAAAUGUAACUGUCCAUGUUGUUAUCAGGGUCCCCCUGGGCCUAGAGGUGGUCUGGGUCUCCCUGGUCCUGCUGGUCUACCAGGACCACCUGGACCUGUGGUAAGUACUGAUGCUAACCUCUGACUUCUGGCUCUAACCUGAAAUUGGUGAAUUCAACAUCUGUAUCAUCUCUGUGUGAAUUGAUCUCUGUUUUCCCGACUUGGAGUCUUGACCUAUGUUCCUCUCUAUUGUGGUUAUGUCUCUUUGGUUUUUCCCAUUAACCUAAGUAUUUAUUUUAUCAAUAUUGUCAUAAGAGUUCUCUCUGACUUUUAGGGUGGCAUCUUAACCCUGAUGCAGAGUGAUAAUCAGUAUCAGUUCUGCAUUACUGGAUGUUGAUUGCACAGCCUCAAACACUGGAUAUAUUUGCUGUAGUGUUUGUGGACAUCUAAACUCGGUUUUAGAUGUCACUCCAUAGAGAUAUGUACUGUGUCACUCACUCUGUUGUCUUUAAGGGACCACCUGGGGCUGGCAAAGCUGAGGGGAGUGGGGAAGAUGUGAGUCUCUUUUUAUCAUAUUUCAGAGGGUCUGCUAGAGGGUGGGACUAGGUGGUUCAGAGCCUAAUGUUGUUGUAAUAACUACACUUCAGCUUAAUUCACACUUCCUUUAGAAACUGUUGUUGUUGCUGUCAUUUAAUUUUAACAAACCUGCAUGUGGAAAAUUGGUAGCUAUAGUGUUCUUUGGUCAGUGGCUAUUGAAUAGGAGGUGAGCCCUCUGCAGGUGUAGUGAUAAUGUUAUAUCUGUGUCUGUCUAUGUUUGUCUGCAGUGCCCUGCUGCCUGUCCAGCUGGACCACAGGGAAACCCAGGGCUACCAGGGAUGAAGGUGAGGAAUCUUAAUGACAGACACUGAAUUAAUACAUACCUGGCUUUGGGCAACAGAGCCCUUAUCAUUAUUCACAACAUGGUGGCCAUUGGUUUUCUCUCAGAUACCAGUAUCUGAUAAUUUAAUGGAUUGAUGUAUGGCUUUUCCAGAUGCUCAAAGCACUUUACAUUGUAGGGGGAAAAUCACUGUAUGAACCACCAAUGUGUAGAGCUUCUGAUAGUAGAUGACAUUCAGUCUAAACUGGAUUGCUAUGUCAUUUCCAGGGACACAAGGGAAUACCAGGUGAUAAUGGAGCUGCAGGGGAAGCUGGACAAAAGGUAUGACAAGCAAUCAAUUCUGAUGUUUAGUGAAGAAGUGUGAUGUUUGACAUUGUGCUUAAGUACAUUGGGUGGUUAGGAUGAUUGUUCAAGCAUACAAAUCACUACAUGUGAGUAUUUGUGUUUUUCCUAUGUUGCUAAUCCACAGGGCGAGCCAGGACCAUCUGGGGUGCAGGGCCUACCAGGCAAGAUGGGAGAUGAUGUAAGAACCUUCCUUGCUCUGAACGAUACCAACAUAUCCAGGCUGAUAUUCUACUUCACUGUCUGAUAACGAAAGUCCCAGUCACUCGUUUUGUCAUUUGUAUACCUAUUUCUUCCUGUUCCAAGCAGAACAUAGGUAAUGAGCAUACCAACAUGUUACACAGGAUUUCUGCCUCAAUUGGAAAUUGUGUAUCUUGAGCAUACUAAAAUGUUACAAAGGAUUUCUGCCUAAAGCAAAAAAUUAGUAUCUGCAUAUUCAGAGAUGGUACAUAGGAUUUCUGCUUCAAGUGGAAAUUGGUCAUACAACCAGCCAUUUAUAACUGUUUAAUGUUUUUGCUGUGCAUCACUGUGAAUCAUAUCAAAUAUUAUUCAUUUUAACAUCUGUAAUACAUUCCAGGGACAAAGAGGUCCUAUUGGUUUUCCUGGUAGUCCUGGAGAUAAGGGAGACAGGGUAAGGGUUUCAAACUAUAUUUACUACAAGUCUUGUUGAUGUUCUACUUUAGCGUUUAGGAUCUUAAACUCACCAUCCGUGUUUUCUCCUCCUCUCAGGGUCCCCCUGGUUUCAACGGCAUCCCAGGACCCACCGGACCACCGGGUUCUCCUGUAAGCACUACUAAUUUAAUCAACUCAAUCACUUAUAACUGCCAUUUUCUAUCAAUGACUGGAGGACAGACUGUGGUUGAUAUUACCUAGAACUGAACAGUGUUUUCCAAAAUGUCUGCCAUUAUGUUCUGUAGUGACCACUUGUUUUCUGUUAGGGUGUGGAGGGCGUUCGUGGACGUCAGGGUCUGGAGGGAGAAAAGGGUGAUGAUGUGAGUAUCUCCUCUCUUCUACAGUAUCUCUAGCAUUUUUACUGGCCUUUCUAAAAAUUGUUUUGUUCCAAGCCUUUCUGUUUGCCUAAAUUGUUGCAUGGUUCAUUGCAUGUGCAUUUUCUCAGGGAGCCAUCGGUCCUCAAGGAGAGCAGGGUCCUGUUGGUGCAAAAGGAGACACUGUGAGUAAACAUACAAUACAACAUCAAUUGAUCUUAUUUCCUUACUAAUACGUUAUCAGAUGGAUGCGAGAUCCUUUUGUAGUGUUAGUUGUAUAGUUAGAUUGAGUGUGAUUAUGAUGCUGUGAUUACAGGGUACUCCUGGGGCAGAUGGCAUGGAUGGACUCCAUGGAGUGGAUGGAGCUAAGGUCAGUCAACGUUUUAUGACUGCUGUACAUAUAUAGAGUUUAGUAUAGUUAGUUAGUAUAGUUUAAAUAAAGAGAAUAUAUCCAGUCUUAAAAGAUCUGUCAAUCAAUCUGUUAUCCUGUGAACGUACCUUUCAUCUUUCCAACAGGGAGAAGCUGGCGUUCCCGGGACUGUCGGAAUCAGGGGUAUCGUCGGAAUUCCAGUGAGUCUAAUAUUAAUCUUUGACAUUUGUCUAAAAUAAAUAUCAUUAAUCUACUAAUAUAAUUAUAGAUUAGAUGGCCUUACAAGGUUUUGUUGGUAUUAAAAGAAAAGCAAAAGCUAUGAAAAUCAAUAGAGAGGUUGGUUGCCUUCCAGUCAAACCACACUGCAGACCAGAUUAAUAAAACAUUUAGAAGCAAACAGCCAUGCAGAAGGAAACAUCCAAUACAGAAACCACAACCGUCCCAUCCUCGCCUGUCUGGCUGGUUACACAGGUCAGAGGACAUAGCAGGGGAAACAGAAUCAACAGAAACAACACAACAAGGAAGUAGUCCAUCCCAUAUGUUGUAAUACUCUAAAAAAUAACAAUAUACUGUACGGUAUUCUGAGGAUAUCCCGUGUGUUUUUUCUGCAGGGGUUACCAGGAAAGCAGGGGCUGGUUGGAGCUGGAGGUGCCAAGGUAAAAUGUGUGCAUGUGUGUGUCUGUGUGCAUGUGUGUGUCUGUGUGCAUUUAUUUGUCUGUGUGCGUGCGUGUGUCUGUGUGCGUAUGUGUGUCUGUGUGCGUGUGUGUGUCUGUGUGCGUGUGUGUGUCUGUGUGUGUUUGUGUGUCUGUAUGUGUGUCUGUGUGUGUGUGUGUGUCUGUGUGCGUGUGUGUAUCUGUGUGCGUGCGUGUGUGUGUCUGUGUGCGUGUGUGUGUCUGUGUGCGUGCGUGCGUGUGUGUGUCUGUGUGCAUGUGUGUGUCUGUGUGCGUGUGUGUGUCUGUGUGCGUGUGUGUGUCUGUGUGCGUGUGUGUGUCUGUGUGCGUGUGUGCGUAUCUUGGGUACAAUUUCAUUCCUUCUGUUGUCUAUUGUAAACAGUAUGCUUUUUGUCCAGGGUGACACAGGAGCUGACGGACCAGUAGGACCAAUCGGAGUUCCUGGGAAAACAGUGAGUAUCAAAUUUCAUAGUUUAGUGUUUACUAUCACUCAACACCGCUAGCCAUGACUGUGGAUCCAUAUUCUACUGAUGGUGCUGAAGAGCUUAAUAAGACUAUAUUGUUUGUUUAGGGGGCAACUGGACCAGCAGGAGAAGAUGGAAAACCAGGAGACAAGGGAGCUACUGUAAGUUGACAAUUUUUAACAUUUUAUUGUAGUUCAACAGCUUAUAAUAGUCUGUUAUGAAAUCUACAUGACAGUAGUCAUUUUUUAUUCAUAUAUUCAAAUAUGAUUGUCAUGCAUAUUGCUCAUCAAUAACGAUCCAUAUCUGAUGGUAACAAUGAGCUGAUAGCUAAACUCACAUCAACCCACAAUUAUUAGAGUAUCUUUAAUAAUAACCGUGAGUCUUAUUGAUCCUGCUUCACUCUCCCCAGGGCGAGACCGGAAAGCAGGGACCAGUUGGGGUCACAGGUGAUACAGGCAUGCAGGGUGACAAAGGGGACAAAGGUGAUACUGGUGAAAAGGGACUGAAGGGUCACACUGGAUAUAAGGGAGACCAGGUGAGUCCUGAUGUGUAGCCUAUUGUUUUGGUAAUAGUUGUCAGUUUGUAGAUGAAUGGGUUUGAAUGAUUUCUAAUUUCCUGUGUCUUGUUCCUAGGGUCCUAUUGGUCCCAUUGGCCCAAAGGGAAGUGAAGUAAGUCUAUGGAUUCACGUCAAUACCAUAUAUCAUGUCAACAAUGAGACAGUAUUCUUUUGUAAGAUACACUAUCUGUAUUGACAAUCUUACCUCUCUCCACAGGGUGAUCCAGGUCUUACAGGCGAUUCUGGAGUCAAAGGAGACCAGGUAUAUGUUCUACUGAGAGAUACAUCUGCUCUAGCUUUAGUAUUCCCCUGUAUUUGUAGUGAUUACAAUGGUCCUAAUUCAGUUGAUUAUUGUUGUUUUAUAGGGUCCUCCUGGUGUUCCUGGGAUCAAAGGAGAGGUACAGAACAAUGUUACAGUUUAAUUGAUUGGUUGAUUGGUUGGUUAAUUGAUUGAUUGGUUGGUUGGUUGGUUGGUUGGUUGUUUGUUUGAUUGGUUUGUUGAUUGUUUGAUUGGUUGAUUGGUUGGUUGGUUUAUGGAAUAAUUGAAUGCUGUAUGGUAUACAGUUAACAUUUAAGUCAUGUUGUGUUGUCCACUAACCUCUAGAUUGGAGAGAAGGGCAUGAGAGGAUAUACCGGGGAAAAUGGUAGACCAGGGCAGCCGGGUCAUGAGGGUUUGACCGGUCCCCAGGGAGCCAAUGGUCUGGAGGGAGAGAGAGGGUUACAUGGAUUACCUGGGCCUAGAGGCCUACCUGUGAGUACCUUUAACCUGGGCCUAGAGGCCUACCUGUAAGUACCUUUAACCUGGGCCUAGAGAACUACCUGUAAGUGCCUUUAACCUGGGCCUAGAGAACUACCUUUAAGUACCUUUAACCUGGGCCUAGAGAACUACCUGUAAGUACCUUUAACCUGGGCCCAGAGGCCUACCUGUAAGUACCUUUAACCUGGGCCUAGAGGCCUACCUGUAAGUACCUUUAACCUGGGCCUAGAGGCCUACCUGUAAGUACCUUUAACCUGGGCCCAGAGGCCUACCUGUAAGUACCUUUAACCUGGGCCCAGAGGCCUACCUAUAAGUACCUUUAACCUGGGCCCAGAGGCCUACCUGUAAGUACCUUUAAACUGGGCCUAGAGGCCUACCUGUAAGUACCUUUAACCUGGGCCUAGAGGCCUACCUGUAAGUACCUUUAACCUGGGCCUAGAGGCCUACCUGUAAGUACCUUUAACCUGGGCCCAGAGGCCUACCUGUAAGUACCUUUAACCUGGGCCUAGAGGCCUACCUGUAAGUACCUUUAAACUGGUCCUAGAGGCCUACCUGUAAGUGCCUUUAAACUGGGCCUAGGGGCCUACCUGUAAGUACCUUCUUCCAAGCAAGUGAAGGAAGACUGUAAAACACACAGGUGUUCAUUAAUAUACUUUUUCCCCUUCCAAAUCCAAUAGGGUCCUAAAGUGAAUGAUAUCCAACUUCGCGAACUAUGCUCAGCAAUUGUUGAAGGUAUGUGAAUAUUGUGUAGCUUAUACACUGUAACAGUGAUUUAAGACAGACUGCCACGUAGGGUGCUUUGUUAAACUGACAUUUGAAUCAUUCUCUCCAUCUAGAACACUUAGCAGAGUUUAAGAAAGAGGUCCUAAAGAAACCAGCAGCGAUCGGGGCCCCUGGCAUGACAGGACUUCCAGGCCAAUCAGGUCCCCCGGGCCCAGCAGGGCCUGCAGGAGAGGCCGGUCCCAGAGGACUGAUGGGAAUGAAGGGACCACCUGGAUACUUUGGGUUACCAGGCACACCUGGAAAACAAGGUAGGACUAGGUGGAUACUCAAAGCUGCUCAAAGAUAAUGGGGAAUUAUGUAUCAAUAACUUACUAGAUAAAGGUGAAAUGUAUAAAGAACUGAUAAUUCCAAUGGAAUACUUGGGCCAUCUUGGAAAUGCCCAUUUCAUUGUGUACAGUAGAGAACAUAGAAACUGCAACUUGAAAAGUAUAGACACAGUACAAAUAGUUAGACAUUGUCUCCACAGUACAGUAGCUUAGUGCUCUGAAAGAGCUUGUACAGUGUGCUUGUACAGUGUGUUUUCUUUGUAGGUGGGCUUGAGUCAAGCAUUCACAUCGAGGGCUGAAUCAGACAACAGAGCACUUAAAUCCCUCUCUGCUAAAUUCUUUUUUAUUGCAUCCCUGUUGUUCACACACACACACACACACACACACACACACACACACACACACACACACACACACACACACACACACACACACACACACACACACACACACACACACACACACACACACACACACAUACCUCUUGUGGGGAUAAUAGCCCAUUUCAGACAGUCAAUGAACAACAUGUGAAAGGAAAUGUCUUCCUGUUCUCUGUAGGUGAAGCUGGUAUAAAGGGAGAUACAGGACAUAAGGGAGAAAACGGAGUGGGAAUCCCAGGAACUCCAGGCGAGCCAGGCCCCCAAGGUAACACCACCCCCUCCCCCCAUUCUUAUCUUGCCUAAGACCUGAAGAUUUUAGCUCCUCAAGUUUAUGCCAAUGCUUUAGCUCAGCGGGCUAACACAGUCUGGUGUCGCUCAAGAGACCUGGGUUUGAACCCAGUCAGUUACACAUUGACAUGAGGAGGCGUUGUUCAGUAACUGUUGCCAUCAUCAACCUCAUCCUUUGUCUCUCAGGUGUGGCUGGCAUCCCUGGCAUCGGGAAGGACGGUAAAGAUGGAGCUCCCGGUAAAGACGGUGUUAACGGUAGCCCAGGUGCCUCUGGUCCCAGGGGAGCUACAGGAGCCCCAGGGUAUUGUGACCCCUCAAACUGUAUAGGCAGGCCCCCACCUCUCUAUAUGAUGAGUGGGGGGAAGAAAUCCUCCAGCUACAGCAAGGGGCCAUGAGGAACACAAACAGAACCUCGGAACACAUUCCAUCUCUAGCAGCAGCAAGAGAGACGUGAGGUACCCAGUUCAGGAGGGGUAAUACAUGGGAGUCUUCACUGUCUCCAUCAUCGCACCACGGAACCAAAGAGAAACAGAGACAAGGCAAAUGUAAUUUAGAAUACUGUAUAGAUAACUAACUUUUCAUAUUUUUGACUGAUGCCUCGUUCUUUGUAGAGAGAGCUUAUCUGAUGUUGUGCUUUCUAAGACAGCUGCUAUUGAUUUUAAGCUAGCCUUUCAACUGAUGAGUGGCCCAUCAUGGCCCAAGUGCUGUCCCAAAGACAAAUGCAAAUUACAAAAACUUCUAAAAUGACCAUAUUGUUCAAUUCAUGCUGUUCAAUUCAUACCCACAGAUUCAGGUAGACAAACAGGGCAAUAUCUUGGUUUUCAAGUAAUACAAAGGUAAAUAAUGUGUGUAUUUUUCUUCUAUGCAUGUACUCUUUAAUUCCUUGUUUAAAUAAAGUCAUCAAAAACGUCCUCUCCAGCACCAUGUACAAUACGAAGUUCAGCCUUUCACAAAUAAGAAAACCUCAAACUGCGCUUUGGAAUCAUUCAUUUUCAAUAUUGAUCAAUAAACAAUAAAUAACGGCAAAAGUCCACUACCAUGAUGAGCCAUAGACAGAUAUUGGUAAUUCAUGUUUUCAUUCAGUCACUUGAACAUAGGAUGUAUGUUAUACAGAGGUUGUACAGUACGAGUACACAUGUUCUUCCCUGUUUAUUUUUUUCUAACAAUGUAAUAAACUGUUUUGUUUGGGAAAUAUUUC